AUGCACGCGUCUGGAACGGCUCGUGUUACGGGGAGAGUUUACGCUGAUCUGCGGUGGACUCAGCAUCCCACGACACACGUCGCGACUCUCAAACAUCUGUCGAUAUCUUCCCCUCGGGCGGGGCGACUCUGCGUCUCGCUCCACCUACCGAAGCUCCGGAUGCUCGAGUUGGACGGGCGGUCGAUAAUCCACUACGAACUUGACCUGUUUUCCGCUUAUUUCGUCCAGAAGAAGUCAGAACGGCUGCGUACGGUCAAGCUGCAAGACUUCAGCGAGGGAGACUUGUGGUGGAUGUUCGAUACGGACAUCAUCCGCGCGAACCCUCAGAUCGCUGAUCUCGCGUUGUUCGGGUCAUCGGUCGACACUGUCCUGCGGCUCCUGAGGGAGCCACGAGAGAGUGCAUGGGAGGGCUACAACACGGACACGCCCUUGCCAAAUCUAACUCAGCUGGUCAUCGGACCAGCCGUGCCACCCUUGGUGAAGGACUUGGUUGCGUACCGAGAGGCUUCUGGUCAUCCGCUUGAGUUCCUCGGGGUUCUGCGAGAUUGGGUGGAUGAAGAGACGAAGGCCUGGCUGGAGAAAAGGACGUCGGUGGGUCUAUACUCUGACGACCACCCUGAGAUUUGUCCAAACAUGCCGGGCCUGACGAUCGAGGAGGACGAUGAUGGGGGCGGAUGGGGGGAGAUCCCUCAGCAAAUGCCCCCUCGCUUGAUGGAUAAUAUUCACAGUAUCAGAGGUCCCCACCCGGAGUUCUUCUAUGGCAACGUCCGUCAGGCUUCACGAGGAAAUAAUGUACAGCUCAUGCUGCAGUGGCAAGAAGAGUUCGGCGCUGUGUUCCGGCACCAGAGUCUCAUGGGGGUUGGUACCAAUAUCCUUGCGUCUGACCAAGUGUACGUCAUCAGGAAAACCCUCCUGAGCUAA